AUGAGAGAAGGAGCUGGAUUAAUGGAACAUUUAUCACAAGGUAAUAUAUCACGUCAAGAAGCAGUGAGCAUGAUUCCUCCGCUGUUGCUAGGGGUGGAGCCUCGUCACUUUGUACUUGAUAUGUGUGCGGCCCCAGGAUCAAAGACAUCUCAACUAAUAGAAUCUCUACACUAUCAGGAUACACUGGAAUCAUCUAUACCCAGUGGUAUAGUAAUAGCUAAUGAUGCUGAUAACAGUAGGUGUUAUACUUUAGUGCAUCAAGCCAAGAGAUUGAACAGUCCCUGUCUCAUAAUCACUAAUAAUGAUGCUACCCAAUUCCCAGUACUCUACUAUAACAAUGUUGAUGGUAAACGUGUUCCAUUACAGUAUGACAGAGUACUCUGUGAUGUCCCCUGUAGUGGUGAUGGUACUAUGAGAAAGAAUCCAACAAUAUGGAGAUCGUGGAAUCCUAAUACACCAUUAUCACUACACAGAUUACAAUUAAGACUGCUGAUGAGGGGUCUGGAAUUAUUGAAGCCAGGGGGUAGGCUGGUCUAUUCAACGUGUUCAAUGAAUCCAAUAGAAGAUGAAGCAGUUAUUGCUGGAGCAUUGAAGUUGUGUAAUGGAUCAGUGGAACUGGUGGACACUUCUUCACUGUUACCUGGUCUGAAAAGGACAAAUGGAGUUAAUACAUGGAAGGUCUUAACAAAGAAUGGUGAAUGGAUUUCAUCAUAUAAAGAGACUCCGUCUAAUUUACUACACACAGUCCAUUCAUCAAUGUUCCCUCCUACUGCACUAGAGGCUGACACAUAUCAGUUGAACCGAUGGUACUUUAUAUUAUU